UGUAGCAAGAUGAACAAGAUGUUGGUUGUGGAACUGCUGGUUCUGCUGGCCAGCUCAUCGGUUUUUUCCAUCGAAGUUGAUACAGAUCUGGGUCGCAUUCGAGGAGUAAAUCUUACCUCCCGAUUGGGCUUAAGUUUCCAUGCUUUUCGAGGUAUUCGGUAUGCAGAACCGGCUUUGGGUGCUUUGCGAUUCGUGAAUCCUCAGCCGGUGAAGUCCUGGUCUCCGGAGACUUUCGAUGCCAGCCAAGAUGGACCAAUGUGUCCGCAGCCAUGGGAUAAUAUGACCGAUGUCUCGGAGGAUUGCCUGCGUCUCAAUGUUUACACAAAGGAUUUAAAGGCACGAAAACCGGUGAUUGUUUUCCUGCAUCCAGGUGGAUUUUAUGUGUUCUCCGGGCAGAGCAAAUACUUGGCUGGACCAGAGCCUUUAAUGGAUCGUGAUUGUGUCUUGGUCUCGUUGAAUUAUCGCCUGGGCAGCUUGGGAUUCCUGGCCACCGGCACUAAGGAAGCACCCGGAAAUGCGGGUCUCAAGGAUCAGGUAAUGGCACUGCGCUGGAUCCAGAAGCACAUCCAUCGCUUUGGUGGUGAUCCUGGAAGUGUAACCCUUUUGGGGUACAGUGCGGGCAGUAUAAGCAUUGGUCUGCACAUGAUCUCACCAAUGUCGCGAGGUCUCUUCCAUCGCGGAAUCUGCAUGAGUGCCUCUCCAUAUGGACCUGCUAAAUACAAAGGUAAUGACCUUCAGUUGGCCCAACGUCAGGCGAGGUUAUUGAAGUGUCCCCAGGAACCUGUGGCGGAAAUGGUGGAGUGCAUGAGACGGAAACCUUACUUGGACUAUGUGAGCACAUACAAUGGAAUGUUCGAGUUUGGCUGGAAUCCCGUGCUCAACUGGAGGAUCGUAAUCGAAGAGGACUUUGGUCAGGAGCGGUUUCUUAUCGAGGAUCCCUUUAAGACCGCCCGGCGUGGUGACUUCUACAAGGUGCCUCUUAUCACUGGAAUCACUGAGUUUGAAUUUAUAUCUGCAGCAUUUUUGGAUCUCCGGAAUCAAAGCAUCGUUAGCAAAUACAAUUCAGACUGGGAACAUUUUGCUCCCAUUUCUUUGAUUUUGGAUCGUGACUCGAAUCACUCAAGAACAGCCAGUCGCAUUUUAAGAGAGAAGUAUAUGCCUGAGAGCCGUGACAAACUGGAGUAUCCAAAGUCGCUUAAGGGUUUAGGAGAACUCUAUAGCGAUGCCUUGAUUGGAGUGGCCUUUAAUCGAUUUCUCCGCCUGAUGGCCCCGCAUACACCGAUCUACACGUAUCUGUUUCGGUACAAGGGUAGAUAUAGUUUCCUGAAAAACCCCGAUACCCAAGAAGCAAUGGGUCCGGUACACCAUGAUGAGCUCUUGUAUUUGUUCCAUGUGGGUCUCAUAGGUCCUUUAUUAAAACGGGAGGAUCCUGAGAACUUAACUAUAGAGCGUUUGACACGCAUGUGGAUGGAAUUUGCUAAAAAGGGUGAUCCCCACAACAAGGACGAUGAAUACCUGAAAGACCUUAACUGGCCUCGAUACUGUGCCGAAAAGCAAGAUUAUUUGGAAAUUGGUAACGAUUUGACAGCAAAAACUGGUGGCUUUUUUCUAAAUCGAUAUCAUAUUUGGGAUGAGUUGUUUCCUUUGAACAGCUUUUAAUUACUGUUUUUAUUCCAUUAUUUUUAUUAUUAUUUUUUGAUUACAUUUAAAUCUUGAACAUUUUACAAAGUCUCUAUAAAAUGGUGUUAUGCAAUGGAGUGAAAUAAAUAUAUAUUAUUCAGCCUGCUUAUUAAUUUAA